CUGUGGCCCAACUCGUAGGCCAGAUGCCGGCUGCGUAUAGGACGGCUUCCCGUUCCUCUGGUGAGUCUUACUAUUCCAACGUAGUUAGAACACUACGGGUUGGCGGGCGUCCGAUGAGUCCGUCCAACAAACAGACCGUGGUUAUUCCCAUCAGGUGUACUGACGAGUCUAACCUUUCAGAUAAAGGGAAGGGUCCAGCUGUUGACGGCUCCCCUAGCCUCUCUGACGAUGAAUCUUCUCCAGCUUUUGGAAAGAUGUCUUCGUCCGAUCGUGAGAAGCUCAAGACGGAGCUGUUUAAGUGCUUUCCCGAACCUUAUAUCAAGGGGUUAAGGGGAGCAUCGUCUGGGCAUGUAGGUUACAUGUCUCAGCUUGCUGCCGAGCUUUUUGCUCGCAGCAUGAUAACAGAGGACUGGGCAAAGGAGCUCAGAAAAGAGAAUAAGAAGCUCGUCCACGAUGUGACGGCGGCUGCUGAUCAUGCCCAGUUUGCUAUGGCCCAGCAAGAGGUGCUGCAUCAGCAGACCAAGGUUGCGUUGGAAAAACGGUCUGCCGAGCUAGAGUCUCAGAUCAAAGUCUACCUUCUUCGGUUGACGGAGAUGCUGGACGAACGGGCUUCAUUGGAACGUGUCCUGACGGACGAGAGGAACUCAGUCAUGACGAUGGCUGCUGAUUUUUUCAAGAGAACCUCGUCCUUAAGGUCAAGAACCAAGCCCUUCGUACUGAGGUGGCCGAGACCAUUGCUGGCGCCAAAGAGGCUAUGA